CUUGAGCAUGAAAUUAUUUCUCUUUAAUAAUGUUUAGUGCAGUCUGACUAAUGUGACAAUCGUUGUUCGCUUUGCAAUUCCACCUUACCCCACAUCUAAACACAAUAGGGGAUGUGAUACAUUCAGAAUUUGACCAUGUAUCAAACUGGACUACUUCUUUUAACUGGUCCCAUUCGUUUGGUUAAUGAGUUAAUUACUGAUUACCUAAAACAUGCAGCUAAAAAUGUUGGAAGACGUCUUUAUAUUAAAUUAGAACCCGAAUUCAACAAACCAUUUUCAAAAUCAAAUGCUUCAGAUUUAUUACGAUUAUCUAAAGUCAUUCCAUUCGUUUAUAAUAAUGCUUCAAUUUUAUGCAAAAAUUUGGAGGUUCGUAUUCUGCUGACAAGUGUGAAUCUGUCCUCGAAAAAUUCCGCUUUGAAAUCUUAUUUUGAUGUUAUUUUAACCAAUAGUAAUGAUGAUAAUAGUAUUUCUCAAUAUAUUAACAAUCAAUUUGACCAUGAAUGUAAAAAUAUAAUUAAAUUCGACCCUAUCCAAACUUCAUUAUUGAAUGUGGAAGUCUUAGAGCCAGGUUUAAAAACAUAUAAUGUCGUCUGCUUGGGAGGUACCUUUGAUCGUUUGCAUAAUGGUCACAAAGUGUUACUUACGGAAGCUGCAUUAAGAGCUAGACAGAAAUUAAUUGUCGGAGUUACGGACGGUCAAAUGUUGAGAAAAAAAGUUUUGUGGGAUCUUAUCCAGCCUAUUGAAAAGCGAAUUGAUGAUGUAACUACAUUUUUGCAAGAUAUUGAUCCAUCUCUGAGCUAUGAAGUUGUGCCUAUAAUAGAUCCUUAUGGUCCUACUAUAGUCGACCCUGAUAUAAACUGCAUUGUUGUUAGUGAAGAAACAAAGUUUGGAGGAGAAAGAGUUAACAUAGAGCGAAGAAAAAAGGGUAUGAAAGAACUAGCUUUGCAUACUGUGGAUUUGGUUGAAAAUUUGCAUAAAAAUCCUGGAGAAGAUGACAAGCUGAGUUCUUCAAGUACUCGAAUGCAAUCGUUAGGAACAUUGUUGAAAACAUCUCAGGUUAAGUUUGAUGGCAAUGAGCCAUACUGCAUUCUUUUGCAAGGACUACCUAUGUGUGGAAAGUCUUGCAUAGCUAAUAGUUUUCAAACUCAUGGUGUAUUAACAGAAUGCUGUAAUGAGAUGAUGUGCUCAAUUAUUGCUCAGAAGAAAGAUUUGCAAGAGCAGAUCAUUAGAAAAUUGAAUUGUGAUCAUAUUAUUUCUAAUGGUGCAAUAGAUUACAAACAUUUGCUGAAGACUUGUUUAACUGAUCCGGAGAAGAGAAAUUUCAUGUGUUCAGUGUUACUAGAUGAAGUAAAUUCAGCUUUUGAAAAAAGAAUGGAAAAAUAUAAGGAAUCUGGGACUAAGUUGGUUAUUGUGAAAGAUUCAACGUUACUAUCAAGAAAAUUCCGAAAUGGUUUUCAUGAAAUUUGGACUGCAAUAAUUCCUCCAGCUGAAGUGUCAAAAAGAUUGAAGCAGCAUUAUGCCUUAACUGAUGAAGAUGCUGACAAGGUGAUUGAUUCAAUGCCAUCCAACACUGAGUUAAUUCAAGAAUCUAAUGUAAUUUUUUGUACUCAGUGGAGUCCAACUGUCACCAAACAGCAGGUAGAAAGAGCAUGGACUCAUUUGAGAGAAACAUUGCGUCUGUAGCUGUUAUCACAUAAUAUCUACACUACAUAUACCUCAAUUGUAAUUUUAUUCAACUUAAUAAAACUUUUUUAUUUUUUUAUUUUGC